AUGACUACAGCGCAUAGACCUACGUUUGAUCCGGCCCGCGGCAAGGACGCCCUCCGUGGCCCGGCCUACCAUCAGCGCCUUCUCCCCGCACACACCCAGCUCAAGUACCGCCGCGCGGGCCAGGGCGGUGACGCCGACGACGAAGACAACACGCACGAUCUUGCUGCCGAGCUGCUCGCCGCUGAGGCCGCCCAUUACGCCAAGAAGAAGGGCAACGGCGCGCCGCUCGCCAUCGAAGAGGACGGCCACGAGACCGCGGCCGGCGAUGCUGCUGCGAAGCGAACUCUGCCCACAAGCGGCGACGCUGAUAAUGACGGAGAAGAAGAUAUAAACGCGAAGCGGCGGCGAAUAUUAGAGGAGACGCGAGACAUUGAUGCGGACGAUGACGACGAAGAAGAGGACGAUGAUGAUGAUAGCGACGAUAGCGACGACAGCGAUGAUGAGGAUGCGGAGCUGCAGAGGGAGCUGGAGAGAGUGCGGAGGGAGCGCGAGGAAAAGAAGAAGCAAGAGGAACUUGAGCGUGCCAAGGAGGAUGAAGAUGCUCGGGAACGCAAUAUUGCUCUGGGAAAUCCGCUGCUAAAUAAGCAAGAUUUUACUAUGAAGAGGCGCUGGGACGAUGACGUCGUUUUUAAGAACCAGGCUCGCGGGACGGAAGAGAAGGGCAAGAAGAAGGAGUUUGUCAAUGAUCUUCUACGCUCUGAUUUCCAUAGACGAUUCAUGAGCAAAUAUGUUAGAUAG